CAUCUUCCCACUUACACAUCAACAUGGCGGGCGACCAGGACUCGAACCAAAACCACCAUACCAACGGCUCUCGCGGCUGGCCCGACGACGACAACCCAUUUGUCGCCUUCCGCCGUUUCGCCGAUGAACAGAUCUCGUCGAUGCUGCAGUCCGUCGUGGGCAUUCCAUCCAUGGCCUCCUCUCCGUCCUCCAGUGGCUGGGCUGUUUUCGCAGAUGAUCCGAAAUACGCCCGGGAUUCCCACUAUCGCCAAAGACAAAACGAUAACACCCAGGGAACCGAAAACCCAUCCGACUCGGACGUCCCGGGCGCUUCGAACAACUCAGAAAACCAUCCUUAUUCGCGAUCGGAAAACCCUUGGCGCUCUCACGGAUUCGGACGACGUGGUGCGUCUCCCCAUGACCUCUUCGAUCUGGAUUUCUUCGAUUCCUUCUUCGACAAAUUUUGGUUCGAUGACCACACCUCUCGCUUCUUCCACCCGUACCAACGUCCCAUGUUCUCCAACCUGGUGAGCGACGAUUCGCCCGCUUGGCCGGUCACAUACCUUAUGUUCAGCCCCUAUUCGCCCCUGCACCUUGAGCGCCAGGCCCAGUAUCGGUCUCACCGCGAAGGCGGAGUCUUUUCAUCGCUCAUGUCGUCUUUGAAACCUUCCUCCGAGCGCGACCAAUCGGAACCACAGUGGAGAGAAGCCUUCGAGGAUCUCUUACGACUUGAGAAUGGAAAGCCAAUGCUCGACCGUGGCUCGGUCGACACCAGCAAGCGAGAGUCUGGAAAGGAAUGGAUGCAGGGCUUGGUGAAACGCGGUAGUUUGGGAGACAGAUGGAAAUACGUUGCCAGCGGGGACGGUCGCCCUUGGUCCACUAUCGCAUUUGACAGCUCCAAGUCGGGAGAAAACGGUUCCGGACAGUCGGAAAGAGACCACCGUAAUAAUGCCGUGAAGGCCGGGUUCAGCUGGGAUGAGGAGCCCGAAUCGGUAACUGAAUUGGACCUAUAUGACCGCUUCCUUGACGACAUCGAGGCCCGUGAGCGCGAAUUUUUCAGAGUGCGCGAGAGCCCUCUCCUUCGUCUUCUGCUCGAUGACCGAUAUGAAGGUAGAGAUAGACAGGAGCCGUCGCGCAAGGAAAAGCACGGAGACGAUGCGGAAAACUGGCUGGAGCUGGUCUCUGGUGGCCAGAGGAAUUCUGUUCCCGACACCGUUCCUGAAAAAGAGAAAACCGCAGUCAAAUCAUCUGCAGCUGUCGACACUCCCUCGGUAGCAGACCAACAGUCCUACGUCAUUUCCACAAAAACCACGACGGAGCGCGUCCGACUUUCAGACGGCUCUGUUCAGACGAAAAUCGUCAAGACAAAACGCUUCGCCGACGGUCGCGAGGAGAAUAACGAAUCUGUAGAGGUUGUCAACCCUCCUCAGCAUAAUCAAGUACCCCCUGCGGACCAAGACGAAUCUUCGUCUAAUCAGAACAAGGAUGGCUGGUUUUGGAAGGGCAACUAGACCCGUCUCAAAAUAGCCGACUUUCUUUUGUAUACCAGUCUCUCUUUCUUGCAUAUUUUAUUUGUGAAGUUUUAGCGUUGGUCUAUGCUGGUAUUUUUUUGGUCGUCCUUCCAUGUGUUUCCCUCAUCAUUUCUUCCAAUUUUCUCUCAUUUCAUUUCAUUUCUCUUUUUAUUCAUGAUAAUACGGGGACCACCUGUGGCUACAGUACCGGCACAUUUUGAAACAAGCAUAUUGCGUCUUUCGCUAUUUACAAUGUGAAUUUGUUUUUCAACGAAUAAAAAGAAAAUCAAGUAUAUUCGCC